AUGAAGACAUCAUUUUUCCGCUGUGUUAACCCUUUUGGGAUUCUCCAAGAUUUCUUGGCUCACUGCUUCUAUAACUAUGGUCUCUAUAUCAGUAAGCAUCCUAAGAUGUUUGCUCUUGGUCCUCUCAUUUUGACAUGCAUUCUUAGUUUUGGCAUUUUGAAUGUUCGCAUGGAGGAUGAUCUUCGGUUUCUCUACUCACCAGCUAAUUCAAAAUCUCGUCUUGAAUACCAAGUUCAUAAAGCUUUCAGUGGUGACUCAUUGAAUAAUUCUUUCCUCUCCAUCACAGUCGAAUCUAAAGAUGACGAUACGAAUUUGCUUAAUAAGGAUAGGGGACAGCUUAUCAAGAAGUUCAAUAGAUUCGUGUUAGAAAACAUGACUAUCACCUUAGAUGGUCAAACGAUCAAUUUCGGAAAUGAAGUUUGCCCCAAGUUGAAACAAUGUACUCUGUCGAAUACCAUUGUUGAUAUCUUCAUGGAUACUUUCUGGAGCACCAAGUUACGAAGUGAUCCGAGAAUCAAGUUCGAAUAUCCAACUAUGAAAUUCUUCGAGACUAAACUCUUCCUUCCAACUCAUUUCUAUGGAGUUCAGGAAGGGGGACCGUUAGGUAUGGAAAGAAUUGAAAUGAUUCAUCUCAUUUAUCAAAUACCAUCUUAUGAACAGCAUACCUCAGAGGAAGUGUCAAAAGCCUUUGAACUUUCCCUCCGUGAAAUUCUCAACCGAGAUGGUUUUCCUUUCAAAACUUCCGUGUUCAGUCUUUCUAUACUAAAAGAUGAAAUGCAGAAGAAUGCCACUUAUACUAUCCCAUUCAUAUCCCUCACUAUUCUGUUACUUCUGAGUUUCACUGUAGGAUCCUGCAUGACAGGUGAUUGGGUGACAUCUAAGCCCAUAGAAGCGAUGAUAGGUAUCUUAACUUCUUCGAUGGCUAUCAUAAGUUCUGCUGGUAUUCUCUUCGCACUCGGAGAGCCAUUUAUUUAUCAGGUGACCGUUAUGCCUUUCAUAGCACUAGCCAUAGGUGUAGAUGACGUUUAUGUCAUGUUAGGUGCUUGGCAAGAUACAAAGAGAACGUUACCUCCAAACAAACGUAUGGCAUUAGCAUUAGAAGAAGCAGGAAGUGCAAUCUCCGUUACCUCCAUCACAUCUAUACUCUCAUUCGGAAUCGGAACAUUCUCUUCCACACCCGCCAUAUCAAUUUUUUGUAGAUUUAUAUCGGUCGCAGUUUUAUUUGAUUGGUUUUAUCAGUUGACAUUCUUUGCCGCGGUUAUGGUAUUGGGUGCUCGACGCGAGUCAGCAGGGUACCAUUGUGUUUUUGUUUGGAAGAAGUGUCCCAAGGAAGAAAUAGCUAAAGCAAAAGAACCUGAUGCCAUGUCGCCUACCAGACAUUUCUUUUCCAAUAUUUUCGCUCCCAUCAUAUGCCAUCCACUAGUUCGUAUCGCUCUGUUCUUCACCUAUGCUGUGUAUAUCAUUCUGGCGUUUUAUGGAUGUUCUUUGCUUCAUCCUAACUUGACUCCAUCCAGACUGGUCGUUGAUGAUUCUCCUCUCAUCGAUUAUUUGCAUUUGGCUGAGAACAAAAUUUGGGCCGAAGGCUUAAUUGGAAGAGUUUACGUUACCAAUGCUCCUGAUUUUAGGAAGAAUCCAGAAAAGAUUGAGACUUUCCUUCAAAUGGUGCACGAGCUUGAGACUACUCCAUAUUCGAUGGGACCAAACUCUACUUCCCUUUGGCUUCAAGACUUCAACCACUACCGACAGUUCUUCACAGAAGGAGAUGACAGAUUCUAUCACACCUUGAAGUCGUUCACACAAGUUUCAUUCAACAAUCACUGGGAAACAGAUCUGCAAUGGACCACUGAUGCAAAAGGCGAACCAGUUGUUGACAAGUUUAUGUUCACGACAGCCUUCAAGAUUGCAAGUUGGAAUGUUCGUACAGAGCUUCUGCUCAUGUGGAGGAAUAUAACAUCCCAUUACCCUGAAUUCCAAGCAUUGGUUUUUGACGAGAACAACUUUUACAGUGACCAAAUGUUGGAACUCCAAACAACUACAUUACAGUCCUUGGGAACAGCUAUUCUGACGUUGAUCACAGUGUGUAUUGUGUUUGUUGCUGAAUCUCAGAUCGUAUUCUGGGUAGUUUUCACUUUGAUUUCAAUGGAUAUAGGAACGGCAGGUUUUCUCUCGUUAUGGGGUGCUGAUCUUGACCCAACGACAGUAGUAAACAUAUUGAUGUCAAUUGGCCAAUGCAUUGAUUUCGCUACUCACGUCGGCUACAGGAUAUAUCGUUCAGAGUUCACAGAUCCGGAUGAAAGAAUCCGAGAUGCUCUGGGAGCAAUUGGAUGGCCAGUUCUCCAGGCUGGUACUUCUACUCUUUUAGCUAUUGUCGUGAUGAUACUUGUUCCUUCGAAUGCAGUUCGAAUGUUCGCUAGAACAUCCGUGCUUGUCGUAGCAACUGGUUUGUUCCAUGGUCUUCUGAUUUUGCCCAUAACUAUAAGAACGUUUGCCAGUUCAGCGAAAGCACGAGACUCAACUGCUGUUAAACACUGA